UGGCGUCUCCCGUCGGGUGGCAGGCCAGGGCUUUGGGUGGAGAGUUGAGGACGUGUGCGCUUUUCUCUCUUUUCGGGCCUUCGUCGGUAGUAGAGAUCUCUGGCCACUCGUGCUAACGUUCUUUUCGUCGGAAUGAUGGAUUUCCUUUUGGAGAUACACCUGGAAGUGGUAACGGAAGAAAUGUUGUUUCUAAGAGAAAUGAGUAGAAAUAACCCAUUUUGAGGAAGCCAUGGCAAAAUUAAAUACAAAGUGCAGAGUUUGUUCUCGGGAAUCUUCAGUAUCUUCUCUGUUAGCAAGCUGCAACCUGAGUGGUAGUAAUUCCUCCAACUCUGAUGGCUCUUUUCAGUAUAAGGAUAGACUGUACAGUUCUGCAUCUCAGGCUCUACAGGCCUAUAUUGAUGAUUUUGAUCUAAGCCAAAUGUAUCUUGGUGCAAGCGCUGGAAAGAUUAACAUCGAUAAAUGUUCUGCUAAUAUGCCAGAAUUCUCCAACUAUGUUUAUAAACCAAAGAAUGCUUUUGAAAAUCUUGAUGACAAAAAAGAUUUGUCCUUAUCCUGUAGAGGACAGACUAUUAAUGACAUGGACUCCGUUAGCCUAACAACUGAUGAUCUAUUAAAACUUCCAGCAGAUGGAUCGUUUUCUUUCACUUAUGUUGGAGCAGGUCACGGAAUUAGCAAGAAAAGCAAGAAACGUACUGGAAGACUGAGUUCAUCCAACAGUGAAAAGAAUCAACAUUUUCAAGAACCAGCCGCUCUCCUGGGCAAGGAUAACUUAGUUACCCCGGUUGUAUACACAAAUGUAAAACGAAAGCAGUGUGGUAGGCUGAAAAACCCAAAACUUGUGAAUAAGGCUAAUAAAUGUGUUUCUGUACCAUCUUUAUCUUUUAACAAGAAAUCAUCUUUUAGGGACAGUUCAGAACACAAUCUUGAAAAGAAUUACCCAAGAUGGCUCACUAGCCAGAAGUCUGACCUUAAUGUUUCAGGGAUAACGAGUAUACCGGAUUUCAAAUACCCAGUCUGGCUCUACAAUCAAGACUUGCUUUCCGAUACAAAUAGUCAAAGGAUUUAUCAAAUAUUUAAAGAAGAUCACUGUUCCCCUAGGCAUAGUUCCCAGGCACAAAGAACUUCUCGGCUAAUGAAUAAAUUAGAUUGUUUUGAAUAUUCGUUUGAACCUUCAAACAAUUCACAUUCCUUGAGUGAUGAUAAAGGAUUAGUUAAUGAAUAUAAAUAUGAUUCUGAACAUAGCCAAUGUCAGUGUGACAAUCCACUUCUCCCAGGAUCCAAAAAGCCAUUCAGUGGUGACAGAAUUGAAUUGCUUAUCCUGAAGGCCAAGAGGAAUCUAGAGCAUUGUACUGAAGAAUUACCGAAGUCUAUGAAAAAGGAUGACAGUCCUUGUUCAUUAGAUAAACUUGAAGCAGAAAGAUCAUGGGAAAAUAUUCCUGUUACUUUCAAAUCUCCUGUUCCGGUUAACUCUGAUGAUUUUCUUCAACAAACUUCAAGGGCAAAGUAUGCUGACGGGUUCCUUGAAGACUUUUUAAAUAAUGAUAAUCAGAGCUGUACUCUUUCUGGAGGGAAACAUCAUGGUCCUGUUGAAGCCCUGAAACAAAUGUUAUUUAAUCUUCAAGCAGUGCAAGAAAGUUUUAAUCAGAGUAAAACCACAGAGCCAAAAGGCGAAAUUAAACAAGUUUCAGAAGAUGAUUUCUCUAAAUUACAGUUGAAGGAAAGUAUGACUCCUAUUAAUAGGUCACUUCAAAAGGCUUUGCACCAUUUAUCUCACCUGAGAGACCUGGUUGAUGAUUCCAGUGGGAAACAGUCACCGAAAAUGUGAAGAGGAAAAUAAAAGUCUAACCAAUAAGUAAUCACCACAGAACAAAAAUGUAUUUUUUUUCCUGUUGCUUAAACUGACAAAGUAAUUAGAAGCCAUAUAUUAUUCUGUGAUUGGUUCAAGUAUUAUAUAUUUUUUAAAAUCCAGACUUGAAAAUGUCUGUAGAUUUUUGUGGCCUAUCCUUAUUUUGUGCCACAAUACCAGGAGGUGAACUAGAAGGACCCACACUAUAUGUCCUAGUCUGACUUUGGUCUUCAGGCUGUCAGAUGUCUAAUAGUCAAAGAUGGAUGAUUUCCCUUCUUGAAGCUUGCAUGGACUUAACCUUCUUCAGCAUCCUCAUCAUUUUAUCAUCUGAUUCUGGAUCAUUAAGAAGCUUUUCCUGGUUUCUAUCCAAAAUCUCUUAAAUAGACUCUUUUAUAAAGUUAGUAUCCACUUAAGGAGCUUGAGGAAUGUCAAAAUUGUUAUGGUGUAUCUUAUCCAUAUGGAAGUAUGUUACUUUCAAGUUUCAUAAAGCAAACGUUUAAGAAUAUAUUUGCAAAUAACAUUAAUUGAUGCAGUGCUAAAAGGAUGUUUUAUAUUGUGAAUUCCAGGAAAACCUCAUUUAAUUAAUGCUUUGAUUCUAUGUAAGAUAAUCUUGACAGUACUUGACAGUUUAUAAAAUAUUUGGGGGGGUAUAUUUGAGAUUUUAAUAUUUUGAUAUUAUUUCCCAGAUUUAAGUUUUGAGGUUAGCUCAAACUAGUAAAAACUAUAUCAGUGGCCAGUUGCUUUAUGAAAUUUGAUAACUAAACUUAAAUGAAUAUGGAAAAUUAGAAAGUAACUGUAUUUUAAAGCUAUUUUGUAAGUGCUGAACUUUCUUUAAAGCAAACUUUCUUUAAGGUUUGUCACUAGCUAGGACUGAACAGAGCUCUAUAAUUUUGCAACUUCUACCAAGUGAGCAUCUAAUAAGCAGAAAGCAUCUUUACCAACAAAAUGAAGAAAUAAUUCAUAAGACAUGGUGAAGCAUAUUAAAAAAGCCUGAUGAAAUUAAAGAAUAGGUAUGUAUACAAAUAGUACAAAUUAACACUACCCAAAUUGGAGCGUUUUGCUAAUAAGUAGCUUCACUGUCAAAUAGGAAUUUCUAAGUACAUUGGGUCAAAGAAUUUUUCCCCCCAAUUUAAAGUACUAUCUAAGACCUUUGUUAUAGAACUUACAUAUCUAAGACUGUGGAGUGAAUCCUGUCUUUUUUUCCUUGCCUAGUGAGUCAGUCACUGUACUAUUCUUUUUGCCCAGUUUGAGAGUCACUUGCUAAUAAGUUUGUUUUGUUUACUCUGUGGAGGUGUUUUUGCCACAGACAUUCUAUUUCUGAUUAUGUUCUUCUGCUUCACAGCAGAUAGUUUGCAUACAAUCGAACAAGACAUUACUUUGAUGAUUGAAAUGUGGUUGGCCGUUAAAAGUGCAGAUAGAUUUUAAGUGGAUGAACGUAGAUCUAAGUGGGGCAUGUUCCAGUGAAAUCCAGUAUUCAACGAAUUCUAAAGGCAGGGCAGACAAAGAUACCAGAUAAUUACAUAUUGUAUGUUGAUCAUUUAUAAUAUGUUUAGUAUACCUAGAAAGCAUCUCCAAAGGGAUUAUUAUGCGGUGUUGACUCUGAGUAGCACUGAAUUGGUGACUGCUUCCAUUUGCAAGAACAUAUAUCCAGUACUAGAUAAGAUAAGCCUGUUCUAAAAUUUUGUUUUAGCUAGUAUUUUAAGAAACUUGAUUAUACUUACCCCAGAGUAUUUUUCCUUUUGUAUUAAAUAUGGAAGUUUAAGUUUUUUAGCAAAAAAGAGAACUUUAUCUAAAUGAUUAAUUCUAACCUUUCAAAAAUAUAUAUAGGAGAUUCAAACAAGAAAAAAAUGUAAAUGAUAAAUGUUCAAUAAAUUCUUUAAGGAAUUGAUUUAGUUAAUUGUUAAAUAUUUCAGUAUUUUUUAUUUUGAGAUUUCCAGAGGAAAAAAAGGAGACAACAGUAUUGAGACUGCUGAGUUGGGAAUUUAAAGCAGAUGAGAACAAUUAGAUUUUAAAAAUAGAAUUGUGAAUAUAAAGUUUUAUCAAUCUUUUUCUCUCUUUUAGGUAUAUUGAAAAAUACUAAAUAGAAAAAGUGAUAAAAUUUUAAUAAGACAUUUCAGAUUUUUAAUUGAGCAUGAAGAAAUUUAACCUAAUUCCAAAAAUUAUUUGAGAUCAAAGGAUAAAAGUGUGAUGCAUAUGUGAAGACUUGAAACUCAACUGUAUUUUCUUUGUUAUCAGUAAGAACUCUCAGUUUUUUCUGGGACAAUUCAUUUCAGCUUCAUAGAGAUUUCUGACCAAACUGAGGAACUCUGUCUUCUUGGGUUUGUUUGGGUUAUAUGUCUCUCUAGUUACGUUAUUUCUUGUUGAAAUUUAUAAAUGUGGAUUUGGGGGGGUUAUUAUUUUGUAUUUAAUGUUUGGGAUAAUGUCUUGUUAAAUCAUAUGCAGUUAUACCAAAAUGUUGCCUGAAGAUAAAUCAUGACAAGAUUUCUUUUUUUCCCCUAUGUUUUGAAUAUGUGGAAUCACUCAUAACUUUGAAUUUGUUUCCUUUUUUCCUGUCCCACCUUUCACUAUGUCUCAAAACCUCUUUGUUAGAAGUGCUCUCAAGAAGUAAACUUGACAAUAAGCAAGUAGCAUGAAAGGGAACAAAAUUCAUCUGUGGCUAAGAUCAUUUUCCUUUUUUGAACCAAAAAAAUUAGCUUUUUACCCUCCCAGUUUAUUCUAGAUUGUCCUUACCAUAGACCAGACAUGUCUGUGUAACAACUUUUUUUUAAUAACUUUUUUUUUUUACAAUGUAGCAACUUCGUUACAUUAACCAAGACUAGUCCAUUUGCCUCCUAAUAUUUAUUUUACCCUUAACCAUUCUUCCCCUCAUUUUCAGUUCAUACAUCCAAAGACAUCCUGACUAGUGUUUACAAGAUACUGUUGUACACACCGCCACUGUAAUCUUACUGAUUUAUUUCAGCAAGUUUGCUGCAGCUAAAUUGCUUUACUCAUAUUCUCCCAAACUUUCUAUGUAUAUUCUCACCUUUAUGCAUAUUAUUUCCCAUACUUGAAAUACUCAGUUUUCUUUCAUUCUGGUUAUUUAAAGCUUACUCUGCCAUUUCUUUAAAGCUCUGACAGAGUUUAUACUUAAUCUUCCAAACAUUCUCACCUUCCAAACUCUGGUAGGUUGGCUCUCCAUUUUCCUUCCCCAUCGCUCAUUUAGCUGUUAUAUUUCUUGUUUAUGUUUUUGAUAUUACUCUUGUAGCAAAUUUGUAUCCCUAGGGGAGAAAAUGUCUCAAAAAAUAUUAGAUGAUUGAUUUUGUUUUGUCUCCUUGAUAGUGUCUCUUACAUAAUGAUGUAUAACCAGAAACAUGUAAAUUUAAAGUGUUAAUUGAUAAUUCUAAGCCUGAUUUCCUAUAUAAGGUUGUAAGCUCAAGAUAGGAGAAACCACAUCUUUUAUUUAUGUGAUGUCCUGCAAAUCCUUUUUAAAAUGAGGUAAAUUAAACCUAUUAU